AUGAGGAAACUUAAGAAUGAUGCAGGACGCAAUUUGAUGCAGCCGAUGGGCACCGUGGCCAUCACGUUCGCUUCUAAUGUUUUGCCGGACCACGUCGAUCUUCAUGGUUGGCGGUUCGUGAUUGGAAAAAAAACCCAUAUUGCUGAAUCAUACAGACCUAUUGCACUUACAUCCCGUAUGGGUAAAAUAUUUGAGCAACUUAUAAAAUCUAGAUUAGAAUUUUAUCUAGAAAAAAUUGUCUUUUACUAUCAAAUCGGUUUGGAUUCAGACGCUGCAAGUCAUCUAAAGGAAGUAUUGCAUUUCUUCAUUUAG